AUGAUACUCUUCCUGCCUGAGACUUAUGGUCCCACGAUCCUCGGUUGGAAAGCAUCGGCUUUGCGUAGGAGCACCAGGGAUUCUCGAUACCGUGGUCCAUUGGAGUCAGCAACAGCCACGUCCUUUGGCCGAAAGUUGUAUGAAGCCCUUCAGCGGCCGACAUCGAUCUUGGUCACGGAGCCAAUCGUCAUGGUCCUCACGGCUUACCUGACCUUCGUCUACAUCGUCUCCUUCAGCUUUUUCACUGGAGCGCCAUUCAUCUUCACUGGGUCUUACGGCUUCGAUCAAGGGAGUGCCUACCUGAUGUUCGUCAGCAUGGUCAUUGGCCGGUGGGUAUACGCCGUGUGUACUCCUCUGUACGGCAUCUUGAUCGGCCGCGAGUACAAGAAAGCAGCUGCAGAGGGCAAAGCGCAUGCUGAGCCAGAGGCCAUGCUGUGGUGGGCGAUGAUAGCGGCUCCGAUUCUGCCGACCUGCUUGUUCCGGCUGGCGUGGUCCGAUUUUCCUUCUGUCUCAUACUGGAGUCCGAUUGUUGCCUGCGCGUUCUUCGGUUUCAGCCUGCUGUCGGUCUUCCUAUCAAUUUAUGUGUAUCUCAUCCAGGCGUUCACGCGGUACGCUGCGUCCGCGCUGGUGGCGGUGACACUAGUGAGAUAUACCCUCGGCGGCUGUAUGGUCAUUGUCGCUAUGCCCACGUACAGAAAUCUCGGAGAUCAUCACGCAACGACGAUACUGGCAGCUGUUGCAGCAUCUUUCACACCGGUACCGUUCCUGCUGUACUUCAAAGGCCAAAGCAUUAGAGGUGCCAGCAGGAGGAUCGGUAAGUCGCAAGUAUAA